AUGAGGUGUCCUGAACAAAACUUAGGCGAAUUGUUCCAUCUCGGAUGUAUGCGAGGACAACAGGUGAGACGGAAUAAAGUAGUUAAAAACGUAAAAAGCCUAAGGAAUAAAGUGUUUUAUACCAGCCGGACAACUUUUGCAUUAGCUGUUUCACUAGUCAUAUGUACAGGUCUACCCAAUGCUUGUAGUGUCAACAGUGUAGGGAUAUCACCACUUAACCCUAGACUGGACUUGCAUAUAAGGGAGAAAGAUAGAUACAAAAAAGAAUGUCAUUCGAACGGGCGAUAUUACAAAUACGGAGAAGUUGCUCUAAUUAAUUGUAACGAAUGUCGAUGUCAAGAAGUUCAAGGUGAAUUGCAAUUGUUAUGCAGUCAGCAUGAAUGUCUCAUUGAANUUUUAUGUAGUCAGCACGAAUGUCUCAUUGAAACAAAUCUACUGGACACAAUCAGAUUUCAAAGUAAUCGACUUGGAUGGAGUGCUGGAAAUUACACCGAGUUUUGGGGUCGAAAAUAUGAAGAUGGAUUAACUCUACGACUGGGUUUACUACAUUCCACAAAAAAAAUUUUACAAAUGAAACCACUUAAGACGUAUUUUAGACGAGAAACGUUGCCACGUGUUUUUGAUAGUCGUACUAAAUGGCAAAAUUUUAUUUCACGACCAAUAGAUCAAGGUUGGUGUGGUGCAGCUUGGGCGAUAUCUACAGUACAAGUAAGCACCGAUCGAUUUGCAAUCAUGACAAAAGGGGAAGUCAAACAUGCUCUGUCUAUACAACAUUUACUGUCAUGUAAUAACCGCAGUCAACGAGGUUGUCAAGGAGGUCAUUUGACAAGAGCUUGGAAUUGGAUAAGAAAGUUUGGACUCGUUACCGAAGCUUGUUACCCUUGGGAAGGUCGAAUGACUGAUUGUGCGGUGCCCAAGAAAAAAAAAGAGUACACUGCAAUAUGUCCAUCUACUCAGAGAUAUAAUCCAAAUGAUAAAUCCCAGCUAUAUCGAAUGGGACCUGUGUACAAAAUCGCUACGGAAGAAGGAAUCAUGAACGAAAUCAUGACUUCAGGACCUGUACAAGCUAUCAUAAAAGUAUCAAGAGACUUUUUCAUUUAUAAAACCGGUGUAUAUAAAUGUUCAUCAAUAGCUUCUGGAUCAAGAACUGGGUACCAUGCUGUUAGAAUUAUCGGAUGGGGAGAAGAAUACCACAAUGGUCAAAUAGUUAAAUAUUGGAUUGUUUCAAACUCAUGGGGACAAUGGUGGGGUGAAAAUGGAUUUUUCCGUAUUCUUAGAGGAACAAACGAAUGUCAGAUUGAAGAGUUAGUAAUUGCUUCGUGGGCAGAUAUUGAUGAUCUUGAAAUCAGUAACGCUCCUAAAGGAUAUGACCUUUUCCUAUGGAAUAGACCCAGAACCAACAAAAUCUGAUUUUUUUAUUACUUAAAUUAAGUAUUACUAGUUUACUUAAAUAAACAGACAGGCGAUACGAAUGAAAAAAACACUGACGAUUUCAUAAUAUGUAUAUUAUAUUUUAUAUACGAACGCAAACAAUAACUUAUAUUAAUACUCAUAUAUUGCAUCGCUUACCUUUACAUAUACUUACUGAAACCAAACACCACACUUAUAUUUUUUAUUUAAAUAGCUUUUGAAUUUAUUUCAAAGAGACAAACCUAAUUUAAUUGGAACAUAUUUAAAUGAACAAUUUGUACCUAAUGUAAAGUUU